AACAAAAAAAAUAAGCACGUGAAUAACAAAACAUUUGCAAUGGUGCCAAUAUUUGACCAAGACUGUAUACACACACACACACACACACACACACACCAAUUCUUAACAAUUCAUUUCCAAUGGCGGGUCAUUUUUGACCAGGAACACCGUGGUUUAUUACAAAUUCCUCAAAACACACACAUUAAGAAAAUGUUUUAAAAAAUUCCUUUUUUAUGUGUUCAAAUGUCAUGUGUGAACAAAGUCAUGGAACUUCAUAAAAAACAGGAAUUUACUGCAGUUUAUCAGAUAGGAAACUUUAAAUCAGUCAGAUUUGACACAACAGGAGGAUUUUUCAAACAAAUUAAUGUUCUAUUUACUUUAGUGUAGUUCUGUUACUUUUGUUCAUUUAUGCUGUCUUGUGUAGCCCCUGGGUUCUGAGUUCACAUGACUGUGUUCUUUACUGUAUUUACAGGACAGACACUUGGCAUAAUGGGGAACUGGUUUCACCAGUUUAAGGCGAGUGUUAAAUUACACACUCAGAUACCCUCAUAUUUCAGACACAUCCUCAAACAUUGAGCAAAGAAGGAAACUGUGAUUAGGUUUUAGUUUGUGCUCUUUAAAGUAAAUGGUGAAGGUGUGUGGAGGUUUUUGCUGUUGAGUUUGUUCAUAUUUACUUUAAACGUUCAGAAAAUAUUAGAUGAACUAGUGGAAGCCUGAGUAAAUUUUGGUGUAGACUAUAAGAAUAGAUGUUUAGACUGCUGUGAUUGGGUAGGAUUUGUCCAAGAGAAUACCAGAAUGCUGUUUAGAAGAAGUUUAAAAGUGUUAUUAGUAUUUGUUGUAUUGUAAUGUUUAUGAUUAACUACUGAAAUUUAUCUCCUGCUGGUUGGAAUUGCUUGAGGUUUUGCUCCAAAUCUUGUAAUCACAUUUUAUCAGCAAAAUUCCAACAGAAAUGGAAGUCUAGUUGUAAAAAGCAGCUCCAGAAAUGUCGACUAAAUCGAUCCCAAAACUGAAAAAAUGGUGGUGAACAUUGUAGCAGGAAUCAGAAGUCUCAGGACUUUUCUCAUCUUUUACUGCUGUUUCCUGAGUGCAGCUGGAGAUGAGAUGGUCACACUGCAGGAAGUGGAAGGAACCACUAUAACGCUCCAUACUGGGAUUACUGGAAUUCAGACUGAUGCUCAUAUAGUUUGGUUUUAUAGACCUGAGAAAGCAGAGAAAAAGAUAUUGAUCAGUCAGAUGUUUAAAGGAGAAACUGUUACAGAAAUCAGUGAGAGAUUUAAAGAGAGUCUGCAGCUGAACAGAAGCAGUGGAGCUUUAACCAUCAGGAACAUCAACAGAAACCAUUCUGGAGUUUAUUUAUUACACGUCAUGACUCGACGUCUCUAUUCAAGGACUUUCAGAGUCAGUGUUUAUGCUCCAGUAUCAACUCCAGUAAUAAAUGUAAGAAGAAAAAGAAGUGGGUUCUCCACAGAGUCGUGUUCCCUCUUGUGCUCUGUGGAGAAUGGAGAAGAUGUGAAAUUAUCCUGGUACAGAGAGAAUGAGAGAAUCUCCAUCACCAGUAACACAGAUCUCAGUGUUCCCCUCAAUCUCCCACUUCAAAUACAACACCAUGAGAAGAACACGUAUAUCUGUGUGUCUGCAAACCCUGUCAGCAAUAAAACUACUUCUCUCAGCAUCACACAGCUCUGUGUUCACAACUCAGGACAAUCUGAAGUUUCUCGUUCUCAUCUUCCUGCCCUGAUAUUUGCUGGAGUGAUUGUGUUAAUAAUAAUAUCUGUAUUUGUGUGGAUGUGGCUGGAAAAGAAAAAGCAACAAGAUUGACCAGUUUCAAGAGUUACAGCUCACAGCACAGAGAGAGUUAAAGAGUUUUUACUGCUGCAUCUCUGAGGGCAUCCUGAGCAACUCCAUCAUGGUGUUGUACGGCAGCUCCACUGUGUCUGAACAGAAAGAUCUGCAAAGGGGGUUAAAACCUGACCAACACACCACUGGAACCACAUUCCUGCCAUUGAGAACCUUCUAAAUGCUCAUAACAUCACCAGGAACUCCUCACAUCCCAGUCACAAACGGUUCUACCUUCUUUUAUCCAGAAAGAGUUACAGGAACAUAUGCACCAGAAGGUUCAGGAUCAGCUAGAUCACAAAAAACAAACAAAAACCUCUGUAUAUUCUCUGUACUAUACAUGUACAUAUUACUUAGUUUAUCUUUUUUGCUCCUCAUUACAUCUGCACUAUUGUUUUAUCUAUAUGUAUCUUUAUAUCUUUACUGUAAUUCUACCCAUCAGUUCACAUUCAUGUAUAUGUGUAUAUAAUGUGUGCAAAUAUAAUAUAUAUAUAUAUUAUCUGUACUUCUUAAUGAUGUCCACAAGUCUCUGCAUUGUUAUAGCCUUUAUAUUUAUUCACUGUACAUAUGCUUACAUUUAUAUCAUAUGCUGUAAAUAUGCUACAUGUUUAUCUAUCUGUUUGGCCCUGACGACACAUGGCUGAAAUCUGAUUGGACAGAAACUCUAUCAAACAUACACUUCUGGAAACAACGCAACUGAGAGAAAAGCAAUAGGAUAAGGAGAAUUUAUUAUUUGGAAUAAUUAAUAUUCAUGCACACAAAUAUAUUAAUCGUAACUCCACUUUUUCUUUUGCGUUUUGCAAAUGGUUCAAUCCGCCAGGAAAAGUUUAUAGUUUAAAUUGAGUUCUGCUUCCCCCUUGUGGUCGAAGUGUGCAUUGCUAUAAAGCUUGAAAUUGGCAUGGAUGUGACUGAAGACACUCAAUCUUACAAUAACUGUCAGUUUUUUAUUGUAUAGUAAAAUAAACAGAUAAAGAAAACUAAAUAGUUGAAAGUGGCUUCACAUGUGUUUAUGUCAUUCAGUAUUUUCUUCAUUAGUUUGCCAUUUUUCCACACGUUAUAUUUUGCUAAACAUAAGUUUUUGAAAGACAAUAGUGAGCACAAGUUUAAACACCAGCAAAACUAUUUAUUACAGAAAUCUGUUAAAGGAUGGAAAUUACUGGCUAAUAAACAAAACCUACACGUUCUAAAAAUUCUAUUAAGCUUUCAAUGCAUUUAUGACCAAAUUAUUUAAAAUAUUUACAAUAAAAUGUAUGUUUUAUUUGACAUUAUGCGAUCUUCAUCACUGAAUAAAGAACAAAGGUAUCCAGCU